AUGGCACUAACAAUUGCUCUAGCCACACUAAUAAUUAUAACAUCUUUUAAGACGGCAGAAGGUAAACUUGGUAAAGAUGACUUGUGUCUCAGAAUUUUUUAUGAAUGCGCAGAGAUACUAGGAGUGAGCAGAUUUAUCAAUGUUGACAAAAAAUUAGAACACGAUGAUUUUUGCUAUGGUGUUACGCGGAGUCUCGACUGCCUAGCAGAAAAGGAUAGCAAACCGAAAUUGAAAACUAUCGAAGAAAGAAUCACUGUUUACGAUGAGUGCUACGGAGUAGAGUUCGCAACUUUCAAAAAGAAAGAUAUGAAAAUUUAUCGUCUGUAUAAAAACACGUGCCGACCCUCAGUGGCUUUUGCUUUGGGAAUGGAAGGAUGCUCUGAGUAA